CAGUUCUUCUUCUUCUACAUUUUUGGCGUCACUGAUCUCCUUCUCGUGAGUGUCAUGGCCCUGGAUCGCUGUGUAGCGAUUUGUAAUCCUCUUCAUUAUGCCUCAGUGAUGAACCAAAAGGUUUGUGGGCAUUUAGUGGCUGGGUGUUGUAUCGUUUCUAUCUUACACUCCAUGCUGCAUGCCGGCCUGCUCCUGCAUCUCAGUUAUCGAGGGAAAAAUCACCUGGCCCAUUACUUUUGCGACCAUCAGCCCUUGCUGCAGCUGUCCUGCUCAGAGACCCGUGUCAACGAGGCAGUCAUCUUCUUUGAAGGUGUCAUUAUCAUCCUUGGACCUUUCGUCUUCAUCAUCCUCACCUACAUUCGUAUUGUAGUAGCUAUAAUGAAGUUCACUUCUUCUGGGAGACGCAAAGCUUUCUCUACCUGUGGGUCUCACCUGACUAUAGUGGGCCUCUUUUAUGGGGCCAUUAUUGCUGUUUAUUUCUUGCCCACCUCCAGCUAUUCCUCUCAGAGAGGUUCAGUUUUUGCUCUGGUGUACACAGUCAUCACCCCAAUGUCCAACCCUUAUAUCUAUAGUCUCAGGAAUAAAGAAGUGAAAGAUGCUCUGAGAAAUCUCUUGAGAAGAUCCCUAUUUUCUCAAAACUGA